AUGCCCUUUGGCUGGGCAAGGCCAACAGUGACUGUAAAAACUGGAGAAUCUGUAACUAUUCCUUGUGAUUAUAAUAAACAAUAUGAACAACAUCGUAAAUACUGGUGCAGAGGAUCAGCAUUCAAUUACUGCUCUACAAAAUAUGCAAAUUUAACAUCACACAAGUGGUCAGUCAUGGACAAGCCAUCUGAGCAUCUCUUCACUGUGACUGUGAGAGAUCUCCAGAGUGGUGAUUCUGAUCUGUACUGGUGUUGUGUUGAGAUUGGAAAUUAUUUUCAGCCGGAUUAUAAAAUGGAUCUUUAUCUCGAGGUCCAAUCAGAUCCUGAUCUGUCAGUGGUGAACAGCACAGUGAGUGUUGUGGAAGGGGGCAAUGCGAGUGUCCAGUGUCUCUACAGUCAGAGUUACAAACAUAAGGAGAAAAAGUGGUGCAGGUUCAAAGACUGGAACUGCGAAAUAGUGGGGAAGCGAGAGAUAUCCCAGAGUUCAUCAGUGCAUGUGAGUGAUGAUGGGAAAGGGUCUCUGAAUGUGCUGAUGACUGGAGUGAAGACGGAUGACUCUGGCUGGUACUGGUGUGUUGUAGGAGACCUACGGGUCCCUGUCCACAUCAGUCUCAAUAGGAAAAAUUUGGAUCCUGAUCUGUCAGUGGUGAACAGCACAGUGAGUGUUGUGGAAGGGGGCAAUGCGAGUGUCCAGUGUCUCUACAGUCAGAGUUACAAACAUAAGGAGAAAAAGUGGUGCAGGUUUAAAGACUGGAACUGCGAAAUAGUGGGGAAGCAAGAGAUAUCCCAGAGUUCAUCAGUGCAUGUGAGUGAUGAUGGGAAAGGGUCUCUGAAUGUGCUGAUGACAGGAGUGAAGACGGAUGACUCUGGCUGGUACUGGUGUGCCGUAGGAGACCUCCAGGUCCCUGUUUACUUCAAUAAAGAACUCAACCUGCAGCUGGUCAGGGACAUGCAAAGGACAUCUGUGCCGCUGUGA